AUGGAGUUUAGCUCUGACAACUCGCUGUUGGGCUUUGUUAUCUUUUAUACCGUUCUCGCCUGGUUCACCUUUCUCUUACGCUGCAAGCAUUUCUCUGGCUUCUGGUAUCCUAGAUACGCACACACUUACUACCCUUUGAAGUAUGUCAUGCACUUUAGCAUAGCCAACUCAGCGUUCAACAUCUUCACUGAUGUUUGCUUCGCCACAUUGCCCAUACCUAUCGUAUGGAAUCUCCAGAUGUCUUCACGGAUGAAAACCAGUUUGAUAGCUGUACUCAGCUUAGGCUACAUCAACAACAAUGUACGAUUCUGGGGCUUUAUUCAGCUCAAUGUUGGAAUCAUCGCCGCCUCGAUACCCACGCUAAAGCCACUUUUACGAAAAAUCAGCAACUCGACGAACAGCAACCAAUACAAUCAAUUCCAGGACGGCGAUAAAGCCAGGACCAUCGGAAGCGGACCACCUUCCAGACCUCGCCGAUCAAUCUUGACUACGCUGAGCGGUACGCGAACAGAUAGAAGGGCUGAUACUGAGGCAUAUGAGAUGUGGAGGGCGACUGCAGGAUCGGCGCAGGGCGGGAAGAACGAGAUCUAUGCUGUCAGCGAGGAGCGCGCAGGAAGUGAGGACCACAUUGUUGGAGGAAACCCACCUGGUUCGAAGCAGAUCAAAUGCACAACAGAAGUGGUUAUAAGCAACGAGGGGGCCGAUUCCAGGGUUUGA